ACGCGAGUCCGUCGGAACACAAGGCUUCGGUUGGGAAGACAACUCGAAAGAGGGUUGUGCCUGUUUGGGAUUGUUUCUAGCUGUUCGUCAAAGAACAAUUCAUACGAGAGUGUUACAGGGUCCUUUUUUGAGGGGCAUCUUUUUCUCCCUCACCCCUUUUCCUACAUUUUUAUUUUUGUUUGAUUUAUUUUGGUGCUGUGACUUUGUCAUCUCAAAGUCUGAGCACAACUACGUCAAUGAUUUGGGGUCAGCCGGCGCCCACUGACGGACAGAAAGGCCCUGUAGAUUUCACAGCACACAGAGAGGAAACAUGAGCACAACCAAGCCCAGCGGGCUCAAAGCGCCCAGCAAGAUGGGUAGGUCAACGGGGGCGCCAGCCACCAAGACCACCCCCUCCACUGCCGGAUCCAAAGUAGCUGCAGCCGACAAGUCCACUCCAGGUAGCGGUGCAGCUGGGACACAAGAUGGCGGGGAGAACUUCCAGGUUGGGGAGCGAGUGUGGGUGAAUGGGAACAAACCUGGCGUGGUGCAGUUCCUGGGGGAGGCUCAGUUUGCACCAGGACAGUGGGCCGGCAUAGUGUUGGAUGAGCCCAUUGGGAAGAACGAUGGUUCGGUGGCAGGGGUGCGCUAUUUCCAGUGCGAGGCCAUGAAAGGGAUAUUCACCCGUCCCUCCAAGCUGUCCUACACAGAGGGCGAGGCCAACGGGACUCAGACAGCACCUCCGUCCCGGGCUGGGUCGCCCACCCCCUCCACCGCCAGCCUGGCCUCUCACACCCCCUCUGUCAAAAAAGCCUCAACUGUAACGCCAGUCACUCCAGCCUCCAACCUGGCACGCACAAACAGCGAGUCCAUCUCCAACCUCUCAGACACCAGCUCGGUCAAGAAGGGGGAGAGGGAGCUGAAGAAUGGAGACCGUGUUUUGGUUGGUGGCACAAAAGCUGGUGUGGUUCGCUUUCUUGGUGAAACAGACUUUGCCAAGGGAGAGUGGUGUGGUGUGGAACUGGAUGAGCCCCUGGGAAAGAACGAUGGGGCAGUGGCAGGAACCAGAUACUUUCAAUGCCAACCCAAGUAUGGCCUGUUUGCCCCAGUCCACAAGGUCACGCGCAUUGGCUUCCCCUCCACCACGCCGGCCAAGGCAAAGACCACGGUGCGGAAGUUGGUGGCCACUCCCUCGAGCCUGAAACGCAGCCCCAGUGCCUCAUCCAUCAGCUCCAUGAGCUCUGUGGCCUCCUCCGUCAGCGCCAAGCCCAGCCGCACAGGCCUGCUGACAGAAACGUCAUCACGGUACUCGAGAAAGAUCUCUGGCACCACAGCAGUUCAGGAGGUGCUGAAGGAGAAGCAGCAGCACAUCGAGCAGCUGAUGGCAGAGCGUGACAUGGAGAGGGCAGAGGUGGCCAAGGCAACCACCCAUGUGGGCGAGGUGGAGCAGGAACUGACCCUGCUGAGAGAGGACCAGGAGCAGAUGGAGGCCAAGAUGGACCAAUUACGCACCCUGGUGGAGGCUGCUGACAAGGAGAAGGUUGAGCUGCUCAAUCAGCUGGAGGAGGAGAAGAGGAAAGUGGAAGACCUCCAGUUCCGUGUGGAGGAAGCUUGCAUUACCAAAGGAGACCUGGAGGUGGCCACGGUGUCAGAGAAGUCCCGCAUCAUGGAACUGGAGAGGGACUUGGUGCUGAGGACCAGGGAGGUGGCUGACCUGCGGCUGCGUCUGGAGGUCCAGCAAAGCACGGAGGGCUCCGACUCCACCACCCCCCCUCUCCUGGAAGAGGUGAGCUCUCUGAGGGCUCAGCUGGCCUCUCAAGCAGACCAGCAACAGGUUGAGCUGGCUGGGCUGAAGGAGACGCUGGCAGCGGAGGAGAAGGCCCACAGUGAGGCAGUGUCUCAGUUCCAAGUCUCUUCCACCAAGAUCUCCACAGACAACGAGCAGUUGAAGCUGCGCCUCAGCCAGAACGAGAAGGAGAAAGCAGACGUCAUAGAGCUGUGGCGCUCCAAGCUGGAAUCUGCCAUCGCCUCACACCAGCAGGCCAUGGAGGAGCUGAAGGUGUCCUUCAGUAAAGGGGCCGGUUCCAAGACGACAGAGCUGGUGGAGACCAGGAGUGCCCUGGAGAGGCUGAAGGUGGAGCACAAGCAGGCACUGGAGGAGGCGGGAGCCAGGUGUGAGGCAGAGGCUGCAGCCCGGGCACGGGAGACAGGGGAGCUCAACAAACAGCUGCUGGUCGUGUCGGAGGAGAAGGAGUGCCUGGAGGAGAGCCUGCGGUCCAGUGUGGAGAGUGCUGAGGAGCAGCACCUGGUGGAGAUGGAGGAUGUGCUGGGCAAACUGCACACUGCUGAGCUGAAGGUAAAUGAGCUGGAGGAGCAUGAAGCUAAGCUUGUCCAGCAGACCCAGGACAGUGCCAAGGAGGUCCAGGAGCAGGUGGCAGCUAUGGAGGCCCUGCAGUCCCAGGCAGGCCAAGGUAACCAAGCUCUCCAGAACCUGAGGACCCAGCUGGAGGAGGCCCAGAGCCAAGCUCGCUCACAGGGCAACAGGGUCAGUGAGUUGAACUCUGAGCUGGAGGGUAAGCAGCAGGAGCUCCUCUCCUUGCAGCAGAGCCUGACCUCUGUGCUGCAGGACAAGGUCUCCUUGGAGCAAGAGCUGGGCAACCUGAAACAAAAACUGUCAGAAAGCACAGACAAUCAGGCUAAGUCAACACAAACUAUUCAAGGGCUGGAGAGGAAGCUAAAGGCUGGAGAGGAGAGGCUUGAUCAGCUCGCAAACGAAAAGGCCAAGCUCCAAAGUGACAUCUCAGACAUGAUGAAGUCAUCAGGCGACAGUUCAGCACAGCUUACCAAAAUGAAUGAAGACAUCACUCAGAAAGAAAGGAGGCUGGAAGAGUUACAGACCCAACUCGCAGAGGAGAAGGAGCGGGCUGCAUGUUCUGAGGAGCAACAACAGCAGGAAGUUGCCCAGAAGGAGCAGGAGCUGAAGGGGGCCAGAGACGAGCAUCAGGGCCAGCUAAGCAACCUGCAGGGGAAAAUCACACAACUGGAGAAGAGUUUGCAGCAGGGUGAGGCCCAGGCCAAGGAUCUUCAAACCUCCCAGCAGAAGGCCCUGUCUGAGGCCUCAGAGCACCAUGCCAAGCAGCUCCAGGAGCUGCAGGGUCAGGCUGACAAGACCAAGCAGGAGCUGAGUGUCUCCAGGGAGAAGGCCCAGGAGCUGGAGAGGCUGGUGACUGAGCUGCAGCCUUACAAAGAGAAGGCUCAGUUUCUUUCUGAUGAGCUCGACUCGUCCGGGCAGCAUAUUGAGCGAUUGUCCACAGACCUGGAGAAGCAAAUCUCAGUGCUGGCGCACAUGUCUAAGGAAAGCUCAGAUUUCAAAGCUCAGAAAGGAAGUCUCAAAAAUCAACUCUCUGAACUCGAGGCCAAGCUCUCAGCCUCGGAGGCUAGUCACCAGGAGCUCUCAGGUAAGACUGAAGAACUUCUGACACUGAGGGACAAGCUCACAAAAGAGCAGGAGGAACUUUGGACCACCAACCGGAAGCUAGAUGGAGAGAAUGCCUCACUAUCCAGAGAGGUGGAAAAGCUUAGAGUUGCUGUUGAGGAGGCACAGGCCAAUAACAAAUCCCUCAGUCAAUCUGAAGCGGAGCGUCAGUCCCAAAUUGAGGAGCUUCAAAAGACAAAUGCAGAGAAGCAUGAGGUCCUUUUGAAGUACCAACAGGAGAUCCUGCAGCAGGAAACUAAGAGGAAGCUGCUUGCAGAGGUCUAUGAGAAGACCUGUGAGGAGAGGAACGAGCUCCAGGAGGAGCUCAAGCAAAGCAGGGAGAAGCUGACCUCUGAGAAGGAUAGCCUUUUGUUGGAGAGGGAUGCAGCCAGAAAUGCUAAGAAAUCCCUUGAUGCAAAGAAUGUGGAGUUGCAGGCAAGGUGUCAGUCUUUAAGCUUGGAAAAAGAAGACUUCUAUCUGAAAAACACUCAGCUGCAGGCACAGACAGAGACCUUGGGCAAAGAUAAAGUGGAGAUGUUUACUCAAAUUAAUGCUGCCAUUUUUGACAAAGAGGCCCUCCAAGCCUUGAAUGCAGAGCUUCAAAAUCAGCUGAAUAUCACUAAGAAGGAUCUUGAGAAGUCUGUCCGUGACAAAGUCGAGCUACAUGCUUCAAAAAUGAGCCUGGCCAAAAUGCUGGACCAGUCCAAGACCAGCAGUGAGGUUACCGACUCUGAGAGGCUUCACCUCCUGCAGGAGAAAGAGGACCUGCUUGCUACCCAGCGAAAGGUGUGUUCUGAGAAAGAUGAACUUAUCAAGGAGAGAGAAGAGUUAAAGGAGAAGUUCAGACUUUCUACAGAGGAAGUGGCAACCUCUAAGGAGAAAGUCAAAGAGCUGUUGUCAUCUUUUGGUGAGGAGAAGGAAGCACUUUGUCUCCAGAAUGCAGAGACUGAGAAGGCCCUACACUCCAUACGCAAAGAGAAGAUGGCUAUGGAAUUAACACUGGAAAAGCAGAACAUGGAGAGUGACCGUUUGGUACAUGAAAAGGAAGAGCUGGAAGAAAAGCACACAAAGGAGAUCUCUGAAAAGUGUACUCUAACAAAAGAGCGUGACAAGCUAGCAGUUGAGAUCCGCAGUAUGAAGGACCAGCUGGACAGAUCCUCUACGGCCAAUGAUGACCUGAAGCAAGCCAACUCCAACCUCACGUCCUUGCUGGAGGAAUUAAAACAGAAGAUAGAAAAGGUGGAGACUGAGGGAGCUUCCUUGAAAAAAGAAAUGGUUGAUCUACAGGCACAGUUACAGAAGCUUUGCUCAGAGAGGGAGGCCCUUGAAAAAAGCAAAACUGAACUUGCAGAGGAGCAUCAUGAACUAAAAGGCAACUCUGAGCAGCUGCGUUUGGAACUCAUUCAGCAGAACGAUACCCUAACAAAAAAGAGGGAUCUCCUGCUUUCCCAGCAGACUGAGCUUAACAAGAGCCUGCAGAAGGACAAAGAGGAUCUGCUUCUGCAGGUCCAGGAGUUCAAAGUGAAAGUGAUUCUGUUUGAAAAGGCAAAAAUGCUUCUUGAAUCGCAGCAGCAGACUGAAGCAAGUGACCGAAGUAAACUGUCCUCUGCAAAGGAUGACCUCUCCAGAGAGAGAGAGGACUUACGGACACAGCUGUUCACUCUGACACAGGAAAAUAUUACUCUCCUGCAGUCUGAAUCCAACCUGAAGGCAGAGGUUGCCUCUGUUUGUGUUGAAAGAGACACAAUGGCCUCUGAGAGAAAUAGUUUGCGUAGUGAUUUAGGGCAACUUAAGACAACCCACACUGGAUUGUUAGGUGAGAGACAGGGUCUGCUUGAGGAGAAUGCCCAGAUGCAAGUCAAAGUGCAGGACCUCACUCAACAAUCUGUCACCAGAGAGAAGGCCAUGGAUGAGUUGUCUGCCAACCUUAAGCAUAUUGGAGUGGAGAGAAAAGCCUUGGCUGGGGAGGUUGAGAACUUAAAGGCACAGCUGAAGGAGAGGGACCAAGAAAAGGGUGACUUGGCUGGAGACCAAGUAUGCCUGUCUGCCAGACUGAAGAAGCUUGUCAACGAGGUCUCCUCCCUGGCUAAGGAGAAGGUAGACCUCCUAGCUAUACAAUCCCACCUGGAGCAAGACCUUUCCUCCCUCCACAGCAGCCAAGAGAGUAGGGAUGGGGAAUACUCAACGAUCAUGGGGGAGGUAGAGAAGCUGCAAGUUACCCAGACACAGCUUGAAGCAGAUGCCCAGGCCCUACGUGCUGAGAAGGCAGUGAUGGAGGGACUGCACAAAGCCUCUGUGGAGGAGGCAUCUGUGUCUACCAAGGUCAGAGAAGAAAUGGCCACCAACCUGGAAGACCUGAAGGUCCAGAAGGAUGCCUUGCUCAAGGAGAGGGACAAAGCCACCCAGCAGGUCACCCAGCUUGAGGCUCAACAAAAAAAUGCUCUUUCCAAGCAGCUUGAGGCAGCGGAGUCCUCAGGGAAGACUGCUGAGGUCGUGGAGUUGCUGACACAAGAGAAGGGCCUUCUGCAGCAGGAGAAGAUUGAGGCCCAGUCUCUGCUGGAGGAGUUCAGGAGUGCCAAGCAGGAAAUGACCAAUCAGCUGGAUUCCUUGAAGCAACAGAAUUCCAAAUACAAAGAGGAGCUCAACCUUUCUAAAGAGCAGCUCAGCUCAGAGAACCAGAAAAUCAGCGGCCUGUGCCAGGAGAUUGAUGAGCUGAAGCAAGCUGCCUCUGUGAAGUCCCUGGUGGCCUUACAGGAGGAGAACAACAAGCUGACCAAGGAGCUUGGCAGCAGCAAGAAGGAGACCAGUGGCCAGCAGAAGCUGGAAGCUCAGCGGUCCAAGCUCAAUAAACAGUUGCAAGAAAUGAAGCAGAGAGAGACCACAAUGAAGAAACAGUUAGAUGAGGAGAAAGCCUCCCUCCAGACGUCCAUCCAUAAAAGCAGCGCCUUGAUCUCUGAGAAGGAUCAGGAGCUGGAGACCCUGAUGAGUGAGUUAUCAGUGCUGCGUGGGGAGAGCGCCACAGCGAAGACACUGAAGUUUACUGUCCAGUUACUGGAGAAGGACAAGGCGCGGCUACAGGAGUAUGUUCAGAGCCUGGAGAAGAGCCUUUCAGGAGGACAGGAUACUGUUACCAGCUCCUCAGGUGACGCAGCUCUGAAUCAACUAAGGGAGAACAAGGAGACUGCAGAAAGCCAGAUUGAGUUCCUGAACUCGGUUAUCGUGGACCUGCAGAAGAAGAAUGAGGAACUUACAGGCAAGCUGGAGAAGAUGGCAGAGGCUGCCCUCAAUGGGAAUAAUGCAAGCGAGCUUGACAACUAUGACGGCGGUUUUAACAAAGGCCCCUCAAAAAAGAAGGUCCCACCAAGGCUCUUCUGUGACAUCUGUGACUGCUUCGACCUCCAUGAUACAGAAGACUGUCCCACUCAGAUGCAGAUGCCGGACUCACCACCCCACACCACCUACCACGGCAGUAAGGAUGAGGAGAGAGCUUAUUGUGACAUCUGUGAGGCCUUUGGCCACUGGACUGACUCCUGUAACGACGACCAGACCUUCUAAUCUAAAGCCUUCGAGAACCAUCUUUGGCACAAUCUCAACUUUUGCACAUGAAUCAAAUUCACAUGGAGUUCUCUACUGUAUGGGUUUGUCCACAUGUUUGUUUGUGGAGAAAGUCCCUUACUCAAGCCCCUAAGCGCUCUUAUGGGAGAAUGUUUUCUCAAAACAAUAAACGUAAUUAUCCCUACCCACACUAUGUUCACAUCAUUGACUGGUAAAAGAUGCAGGAGUGCAUAUGUAUUGUGAUAAAAGGUUUUAAUUGGGAAUUGUAAAGGACUUGUGUUGAAAUAAAAUCCACGGUUUGUUUGCUAUCCUCUUCAGUGUGCAUAAGAUGAGAGGCUAUAGUUUAUUUUUUUAAGCUUGAGCAUACUUUAUACUUUGAAAAAGGUUGCCUUGUCUGUGUGAUAAUUGUGUGGUGGAAAGGUAUGCAGAGGGACAUGGCUGGCUCCUGCUGCCUGGAAGUGUUGGAACAGUGAAACCCAACGCUGGUUGACUUUCAGUAAAAAAGACCUAACCUCGGCAGAAUGGGACAGUGGGAUCGUGGUCAAGGUUGAAACCGCUAAACAAACCUAAAGGACUGCACACACUCUAUUUCUCCUCAGUUUAAAAUCCUUGGUUCUUUUUUAAGUGGCCUUGACAAGAACAUUGCUUAAUUAAAUCAUUUAAGAGAAUAAAAUAUUGUAAACAGAUGGUAUAAUGCUUAUGAAUUUCUGUACCUAACUUUUUAAAUGUUGAAUAUCUGUACAAAAUAAAUUAAAUUUAUGGAUGAAUUAAAGUUUUUUGCAGGA